AUGAGGAUCGGGAAAAACUGCGUGGUUAGUGCUGGUCGGGACGCGUGCUUCAGCCAACUCCAAGAAACUAACGUUCCCCGGGAGAGGCGAACGGACAGGACACCCGUCAGAUGCAGCCCCUUGCCUCCUCACCUCCUCUUUCCCCAGCCUGGGCUACAAUACCCUGCUCUUUCUCUUUGGGUUCCUUCUUUUGCAGAAGCGAAGCCUGCGGGGAUCUCGUUAAUCAGAGAGGGAGGAGAAGAAGAAAAGGGUACACAGCCCGAACCGGAGCAGAGAGCAGCAUCAGCAGGAGGAAGAGAGAUAGGAGCUGAAGAAGAAGCCAAAGAAGGCAGUGGCGGUGGCCCAGGUGCCCCAGGCCUCCUGGAUGUCGGAAGCCACGAGGCCAGCGGCGAUAGUGGCGGAGAACCAGGAGAGCAGGGGCAGGACGAACAGCCCGCCCAAGCCAUUGCCCAUGGUCCACAGCCAGAGGACAGGCAGCAGGUCGUCCAGCGCGCCAUGUUCACCCAGGUGCAGGUGCAGGAGCUGGAGUGAGUUUUCCAUCACAACGCCUAUCCCAACUUGUUGAUGAGACAGGAGAUUGCAAGACGCAUGAAUGUGCCUGAAGCCAGAAUGCAGGUUUGGUUUAAGAAUAGGAGGGCCAAGUGGAGGAGACAACAGAGGGCAUUAAUGUUCAGAAAUAUGCACCCCGUGGCCCUGGGCCCCCCUGUCGUCAUAACCUUGGGGAGACUCUUCAAUGCCAUCCUUAUUCCGCAGCCAGUUUGGAUAUGUGUGCCAGCUCCGCUGCCCCUGUGGCCGCCUCUGCUGCCCAUGCUGCCCUUUCCUCCUCUGCCCUUGCUUCUUGCACCUUUGCCUCCCUGGAGCCGGCACCCAUGUGGCUGGGGCUGGUUCCUUACCCCGAAUGGUCCUUUUGUAGCCCCCAUUUUCUAA